GGCAAAGGGAGCAGCAGCUGGAGAAGGUAUAAGAUGGGGAUGAUGUCAUCAGCCUACUCUGCGGGUCUCCUCGUGCUGGUGCUGUCUGGGGUGGCUCAGGCCUUUAUGCCGGUUGGUGGGGGCACCUCCACCCACGCCACCAUCACAGGAAAUGCAGUGCUCAGUAAAAUCACUGAGGUGUGCCGGGCUGUGGCGGAAUCUGAGGGCAGGGAAUUCAAUCCUACGGGUUCAUCGGCAGAGGAGCUGUUGCGAGCGUGUCUAGGCACGGCCACUGGAGAAGUGUCAGCAGCAAAGUUCCGCACAGCGCUUAACCAAAUCUACAUGCAGAAUGGCCUCGUGGACCGCGACUUAGCCAACAGCCCGGCCCACCAUUUCAGCAACGAGGCCUUCGUCCAGGCCCGCACUCUCAUCACUGAGGGAACCGUCAGUGUGAAGGCCAAUGUCCGCAAGGAGAACUUCCAGGCAGCGAGAGAGACCCUAGGACGAGUCUGCCACACUUUACAAGAUUUUUACAGCCACAGUAACUGGGUGGAGCUGGGCAACAGAGGUCCCUACAUGAACCUCUUCCGACAAGACCUCCCCAUUGACAAUGUUGCAGAUAUCGAUACUCCUACGUGUAAUGACUGUGCCAGUGGUACAUGUCCAAAUCCUCUCUUGCCUGACAUCCUGACUCAUAAGAAACUUACCUCAGGAUACAUGGGUCUACUCUCUGCUACCAAACCUAAAGGUAAGUGUAGUCACGGAGGGGCAUCAGACAUGACCAGCACCCAGGUACCCCGCGGAGGCAUCAGCAAGGAUGAGCGCAGACCAGACAAUGCAGUGUUACAUGACGCUGCUGUAGCCGUGGCAACACAGGCCACUCUGGAGCUCCUGGAGGACAUCCGCGGGGCUGCAGGCAACAAAGAGUUCCUGCGAUUAAUGGGCAUUGCCCGCUCGUCUGUCCUCUGUUUUGUGAUCGACACCACUGGCAGCAUGGCUGACGACAUUGCAGAGGCAAAGAGGGUCGCCAAUAACAUCAUCGACAGCAAGAAGGGCACAGUUGAUGAGCCCUCUGAAUACAUCCUUGUCCAGUUUAAUGACCCUAAAUUUGGCCCUCUGGUUAGGACGACAGAUCCCGAAGUGAUGAAAGAAAAGAUCUCUGCUCUUGGUGCCAAUGGCGGUGGUGACACACCAGAGAUGUGCCUCUCUGGACUUCAGCUGGCUCUGACUGGUGCUCCCCCCUCCUCCCAAAUCUACAUCUUCACCGAUGCUCCUGCCAAAGACAUGCACUUGGAAAAGACCAUCAUUGCCCUGAUCCGCAGUACAAAGUCAACAGUGAACAUUUUCAUGACAGCCACAAAGAGGACCUCUAAGUACUCUGGGCGCAUCCCCAGGGCAGAUUUCCGUGUGUACUAUGAUAUGGCACUGGCCUCUGGAGGACAAGCCAUUGAAGUGUCCAAGAGCAGCCUGCCCCAGGCCACAGAGAUCAUUGUGGACUCCUCCACGUCUGCACUGGUGACAAUUCUGCAGAGGGCCAGAAACCCUGGCAAAGUAGAGACCUUUCCUUUCCUGCUGGAUGAGUCUGUCUCCAAUGUGACCUUGUACAUCACUGGGACUGCAGUAGCGUUCACUCUACAAAGCCCCACAGGUGUGUCUCAGGGUUCGACAGAGACCACUGGACCUUUGGGAACGAUUAAUACCGUGGGCAAUCUGAAACGAGUCAGGCUCAACACCCUAAACCAAACAGGAUUAUGGGAAAUCCACAUGAACAGUGGAAAUGCCUACACUGUCAAGGUCACCGCUCAGAGUACCGUCACUUUUGUUUAUGAUUUUGUGGAGACAUUCAAAGGGCCUCACCCAGGGUAUGGAGUCAUUGAUGGACGCCCACUGGCAGGCUCUCCAACCAAACUACUACUCACCCUCACUGGCCGACACGGACCCGAGAGUCUGAAGGUGAUGGAAGCAGCACUGGUGGAGGUGUCUGGCUCAGGUGUGGCCAAUGGAACAGUGGAGGAAAUGGGAGGUGGCAACUUCCUGGUUUCUGUGAACAGUGCCCCGGCAGGCGAGUUUGUGGUUCUCCUGAAGGGGAAGGACGUUUCCACCUCUAGCCGAUUCCAGAGGCAAACCACCACACAGAUGUCUGUGACUCCAGUGUCAGUCAAGGUUGUAGCUGACAACAAUAUGGAGCCAGGAAAAUCACUUGAUAUACCAUUCACCAUCAGCACCAGUGUGCCACGGACCAAGUUCAACAUCCGUGCAAGAAAUGACAAAGAUUUUCCCAUGACAUACCCUAACAGCAUUGUCAGUGGGAGCAGAUCCACAGCUGAAGGGACCCUGGCCAUCACUGCCCCGACCAACACUGCUUCAGGCACUGACAUCACUCUGACCAUUGAUGUCGAGUCUGAUGGAACCUCUGACUCAAACUACGCUGUGGUACGGCUCUCUGUGAUCAAAAAGGUUACAGAUUUCACACCACCAGAAUGUAAUAUGUUCAACAUCAACAACAGCUGCCCAACUGACUGCAGAAACGCUUCAUGGCACGCCACUGUUAACAUGACUGAUGGCAAUGGCACAGGAGUCGAGAAGGUCUGGAUACAGGAGGGCGAUGUUUCUCACUCUGCAAAUGAGACUGAGCAUGGCGGCGUAACGGUGAUCCAGUACUUCUGCCAAAUUUCCUGCUGCACCCCCAACCUGAAGGUGUCGGUCACGGACAAGGAGGGCAACGUUGGCACGUGCUUCCACUCCAUCAGGCCGACCACCACACCAGUCCCCUUCACCACACCCAAUGGCGGACCACCCUCCCUGGGUUUGGCAGUGCCACUGUGGAUAUGCCUGCUACUCUCUGCCACUGCCAUAGUCUGAGAUUUAGUCCCACUCUUGCAUUAAAAUUGGCAUAUGAGCACACCAAAGAGGGGUUGGAUUUUAUGUUGUUUCAUAUGGUUCAAAUUGAAUACUGCAACCAACCAGUAAAGGUGUGACCUUUAAUGCUCAGAAGUUGAUUUAGUAAUGCCACCAUCUUGGCACUACAUCCUACAAAUGCUGCCAAUAUACUGUUUGUGUGAAAGGUGGAGACUCACCUACACACAGUUCAUUGAAUUAUAAUUAUUUUCUGCACUAACACAUUAAACAGUAUGUACAAUCAAUGUGUAUGCAAUAGUGUUAGAUAUUCUGUUUCUGUAAUUUAGUAUACUAACUAUUCGUAUAUACUUACUUGCUAUUAAACUGAUUUUCUUUUCUAUCCCAUGUUAUUACAGUUAAUAAAUUAGACUGCAGGACA